CCGACGCGGACUUUUGCCCUCCGACUCUGACAGGCAGCUGAAGAUACGAGAGGAAAAAAAACAAAGCAAGAAAAAAAAAAAACGACUUCAGAGCAUCUGCUCGAACAUGUUUUCGCCGAAGUCGCCCAAAAGUCUGUCCAAGUAUGUCCCCAAGUCUGCGCACGGCGCCGGGGAGCAGAUUCGUAUGGUCGACUGCGGCUGUAAACCGGGCUGCACCUGUGGCGUCCACCCAGCGGGCGGCUGCGGCUGCGGGAGUCGCUGUGCGCCGGAGCUGAAGGAGAAUUGCACCGAUGCUGAGAAACGAGGCCUUGACAACUUGGCCUACGAGUGUGGGAGUCAGAGUGAGCUCUACCCUCCACCCAAAACCGCCUCCAGGGUGAGCUUUAAACUCCUGGGACUCACCACGGAGCGCCAGGCCCAAGCCAUCGAAACCGGAAUCUCCAUCCUGAGGGGAGUACUUGGUAUCAGCUUGUCUUUACCCAGAAAGUUAGCCAAAGUGGACUAUGAUACCUCAGUUAUCACAACCAAAGAGAUCGCCCUGGAGCUCCAGAGCUUGGGAUACAGUCUGGAGUCAGCGGUACAGAUCGGGGUGGAUGGUAUGCACUGCCAGUCCUGUGUGCAGUCCAUUGAGGGACAGCUCGAUGGGCUGCCUGGGGUUUCAUUUAUUCAUGUGUCUCUUCAGGACAGGUUAGCACUGAUUGUAUUUCAGCCUGUUCUAGUUACACCACAGGAACUGAGAGACAAGAUCGAGGACAUGGGAUUUGAUGCCACUUUACUAUCUGAGGACCCAUCUGCAGAAGAUAUAAGCUACUGGCAGAUGGAUAUAUUGACUUCAUCAAACCAGACUGUAACCAUAUGGAUUGUAGGGAUGACAUGCAACUCUUGUGUGCAGUCCAUAGAAGGGAGGAUCUCUCAGAUGACAGGAGUACAGUCCAUAGCAGUGUCACUGAAGGAUGAAAAGGGAACCAUAACGUUUGACCCCCAUCUGACGGAGCCGGAGCAGCUCAGGGCAGCUAUUGAGGACAUGGGCUUUGACGCAUCACUUCAAGAACAUGCGAAGAGCACCCAGAGUUGUGAAAAGUCCAGGCCUGUGAGCUCUGCGCCUUCUCACCUUCCGGAGUUGCGAUCACCCAAUAAGGCGGGAGUCAGCAAUGGCACUGGAUCACAGACGAACGAUGCAAGCUAUCACGCCCACUCUCCCGACGUUAAAGUACAAAAAUGCUUCAUCUGUGUAAUCGGAAUGACCUGUGCCUCCUGUGUGGCCAACAUUGAGAGGAACCUGCUCAAACACAAGGGAAUCAUCUCUGUGUUGGUAUCACUGAUGGCCGGAAAGGCAGAGGUGAAAUAUGAUUCAGAACUCAUCGACGCUGUUGCUGUAACUCAGCUCAUAGAGGACUUAGGCUUUGGGGCCAAAUUGAUAGAGGACAAUGCAGUAACACCUGGGAAACUGGACCUCUCAAUAACGGGCAUGACAUGUUCAUCGUGUGUCCACAACAUUGAGUCCAAACUCACCACAACCAAAGGGAUCGUCGGGGUCUCCGUUGCUCUUGCCACCAAAAAAGCACAGAUCCAGUUUGACCCAGAGGUGCUCGGAGCUCGAGAUAUUGUCAAGAUCAUUCAGAGCCUUGGAUUCGAGGCCAGUCUGGUGACGGCGGCCUUCAAAAACAACCUCGACCACUCAGAGGAAAUUAGACAGUGGAAGAACUCCUUCCUGUUCAGCCUUGUUUUUGGCCUGCCUGUCAUGGGCCUCAUGAUCUACAUGAUGGUAAUGGAUAGUCAGCACCAGGAGCAUGGAGGCUCCAUGCCCGAGGAGCAGAACCUGUUGCCAGGCCUCUCCCUCCUCAACCUGGCCUUUUUCUUGCUCUGUACGCCAGUACAGAUCUUCGGAGGCCGGUACUUCUACAUCCAGGCAUAUCGCUCGUUAAAACACCGCACAGCCAACAUGGACGUGCUGAUUGUGUUAGCCACCUCCAUUGCCUACAUCUACUCCUGCGUGGUCCUCAUGGUGGCCAUGGCUGAGCGAGCCAGCCAGAGCCCCGUCACCUUUUUCGACACUCCACCCAUGCUGUUUGUGUUCAUUGCUCUGGGUCGAUGGUUGGAGCAUGUUGCAAAGAGUAAAACUUCAGAGGCUUUGGCCAAGCUAAUGUCACUUCAAGCUACUGAUGCCACUGUGGUCACUUUGGGACCUGACCACUCCAUCAUCUGUGAGGAGCAGGUGGUGGUGGAGCUGGUCCAGCGGGGCGACAUCGUGAAGGUCGUCCCAGGAGGAAAGUUCCCCGUUGAUGGGAAAGUGAUCGAGGGAAGUUCCAUGGCAGAUGAGUCCUUGAUCACGGGUGAGCCGAUGCCUGUCAGUAAGAAGGUGGGCAGUUUGGUGAUCGCCGGCUCCAUCAACGCUCAUGGUGCUCUUCUGGUGGAGGCUACUCACGUCGGUGCCGACACAACUCUGUCUCAGAUAGUCAAACUGGUGGAGGAGGCCCAAACCUCCAAGGCCCCGAUCCAGCAGUUUGCCGACAGGCUCAGCGGGUACUUUGUGCCCUUCAUAGUUACCGUUUCCCUGCUAACACUGCUGGCCUGGGUGGCAAUCGGGUUUGUCAACUUUGACAUUGUGAGGGAAAACUUCCCGGGCUAUAACCAGACCAUCUCCAGGGCAGAGGUUAUCAUCCGCUUUGCUUUCCAGGCGUCCAUCACCGUUCUGUCCAUCGCCUGCCCCUGCUCUCUGGGGCUGGCGACCCCGACCGCCGUCAUGGUGGGCACAGGUGUCGGAGCUCAGAACGGGAUCCUCAUUAAAGGAGGGGAGCCGCUGGAGAUGGCGCAUAAGAUCGCCGUGGUGAUGUUUGACAAGACCGGUACGAUCACAAACGGCGUGCCUCGGGUGACUCGCGUGCUGGUGUUGUGGGAAAUGGCCCGCAUGCCCCUGAGAAAGAUCCUGGCGGUGGUGGGCACAGCGGAGGCCAGCAGCGAGCACCCGCUGGGCGCGGCGGUCGCUAAGCACUGCAAAGAGGAGCUGGGCUGCGACGUGCUGGGCUACUGUCAGGACUUCCAGGCGGUGCCCGGCUGCGGGAUCAGCUGCCGGGUGUCCAACGUGGAGCAUCUGCUUCAGCAGCAGAGUGAAGAGCGCUUCCUGCUGCCGGGAGCCACCACGGACGAAAGCAGCCUGCUCUUCGCUGCCGAGGCACCGUCUGCAGGUGAAGGAUUGUCGUACAUAGUCCUGAUUGGAAACAGAGAAUGGAUGAAGAGGAACGGUCACCACAUUGGAGCGGACGUUGAUGCCGCCAUGAGCAGCCAUGAGACAAAAGGGCAGACGGCCAUCCUGGUGGCCAUCGACGGUGUGCUGUGUGCCAUGUUGGCUAUUGCAGACACAGUGAAAGCAGAGUCAGCGUUAGCAGUGCAUACACUCAACAGCAUGGGCAUCGACGUGGUUAUGAUAACAGGAGACAACAGACGCACGGCCAAAGCCAUUGCUGCACAGGUGGGGAUCAGAAAGGUGUUUGCAGAGGUGCUGCCGUCACAUAAGGUGGCUAAAGUACAAGAGCUGCAGGAACAAGGCCUGCGAGUUGCCAUGGUGGGAGACGGCGUGAAUGACUCGCCCGCCCUUGCCUGCGCCGACGUCGGCAUCGCCAUCGGCACGGGGACGGAUGUGGCUAUCGAGGCGGCGGAUAUUGUCCUGAUCAGAAAUGAUCUGCUGGACGUAGUGGCAAGUAUCGAGCUGUCGAAAAAGACGGUGCGGAGGAUAAGGAUCAACUUUGUCUUCGCUCUCAUCUACAACCUUCUGGGAAUACCAAUCGCCGCCGGUGUGUUCAUGCCGGUUGGCCUGGUGCUUCAACCCUGGAUGGGCUCCGCUGCGAUGGCUGCCUCGUCCGUCUCGGUGGUUCUGUCUUCUUUACUGCUAAGAAUGUACAAGAAAACCUCUGUGGAGCUGUAUGAGGUGCGUUCAAGAGGUCAAAUGAAGAGCCUCCGGUUGUCUCAGAUCAGCACGCAUCUGGGACUGGACGGCUGGCGGCGGAACCCGACUCCUCCCACCAGAGCUCGGGAGCAGCUGGGUCAAAGCAGCGCGGCGCCACCCGCCCUCUCCGGCCAGGGACCGUCCAUUAACUCUGUCCAGGAGCAGCAGGACCGCUACUCCCUCCUGGAUCACCAGACUGCAGAGGACCUUAAUGUGUAGUAAAGGGAAAAGGGAAGAAGGACUGAGACAGUUUCUGCCUGGUUCUCCUUUUUAUGAAUUCAGUAAAGCUCUUUGUGUAAUAUUUCUAUGUAUUUAUGUAAAUAGACAAGGCUAAUUGUGCACAGAAACUUACAAGUGCUCUUUUAUUUUGCCGAGACACUACCCAUUCAUCUUUAGCUCAUGAAUCCUAAAGCACCAGUACUGGUGGGUCUGAGGACCCCAAGUCAACACUAAUCCCUCGCUUUCUCUCGUAAAACGUCUGAAAAUCAAGCUGCUAACACUCACAAAGUUAAGUUUGACUGUACUGACAGGUGCUACACGAAUUAGACUUGGUGUGAGUGUUGGUCUCAGGUUCUAAAGAAGACAUUGGUUUAUGGCGAAAAAUCAGCAUUUUCUGGAACACGUGUUUGUAUUUGUAUCCACCUUUUCCUCUAUUUCAUCCAGCCGCUCUGAUUUUGCGCAGAACUGUCACUUAAAUCUGAGAUUUAAAAAAAAAUAUUUUUUUCUUGUUAUUGUGUUUCAGGUUCUUACUCUUAAACAAACCGUCACACCUGUAAAGUUCUUGUGAUAAAGAAGAAGAAGAGGAGCUCAGACCUUCUGGACUUUGUUUCACGUGUAUUUCGAGCCGUGCCAGGGAUAACUAAUGGAGUGCAUUAAUCAAGUGCUCUCUUCAAUGGGCUCUACGGUUCACCAGAACGAACCAGUUUCACCUUUUGUUGAGCUUAAUCACGGGUGAAUAGAUAUACAGUGUAGGCUUUAGGGAUAUAAAUAUGACUCUCGUCUCCCACUCAGCCCACUUAACAGACCUUUUUCAUAGCAGACUGUGACGUGAUGGCAGGAAAAGCAAAGGUGUAAUCAAUAAGGCAUGCCAAAAAGGCCAUUCAUUAUUUUGCCAUAAUACUGACUUAAACAUUAGGGACAUGGUUUUUGCCGCAUAAGUCUCCCAUAUUCACACACUUAAUGUUCAGCUAAAUGUUGCUCCUGUUCUAUAUCACCU